GUCAGAUUCGCGCGCUCAAUCCUGAAUCUUCACGAAACAUUCCUGUAAGAGAACUCGCCAUGUCCACCGAACCGGCCCGCAACGUCGAGAUCAAGGCCCAGCUGGCGGGCGGUGCCGACGGGUUCCAGCGGCGCGUCGACAUCGCCCGCCGGUUGACCGGCUCCGAGGGCGAGCUGAUCCGCCAGCGGGACGUGUUCUUCCGGGCGGAGAAGGGCCGGCUAAAGCUGCGGUACCUGGAGACGAAAAAGUCCGAGCUGAUUCAGUACUUCCGGCCGGACGUGGGUGGACCGAAGCUGUCCACGUACCACAAGCUGGACCUGGACGAGCCCCAGCUGAUGGAGAAGAUUCUGGCGGAGUCGGUUGGAGUGCGGGGGGAGGUCCGGAAGACGCGGCACCUGUUUAUGCACGGUCAGACGCGGGUUCACCUGGACGAUGUGGAGGGAUUGGGGUACUUUUUGGAGUUUGAAGUGGUGCUGAGGCCGGAACAGACGCUGGAGGAGGGAACGGCCAUCGCGGAUGAGCUGAUGAAGGCGUAUGAGAUUGAGACGGGGGAUUUGAUCGAGGGUGCGUACAUGGACAAGUUGGAGAAAUAAAACAAGGAAGUUGAUUAAGA